AUGGAUGUUUUACAGUCCACAUUGCAUCAGGUUAUCAAAUUUCCCUCACAGUGGGGGAUUCGUAAAAUCCGUCGAGAUCAACAAGCUUCUAGAAGUAUCAAUUCAGUGGGGGCUACUAGCACGUUAAAUGAUGUUGCAGGCAUUCCAGCACUAACUGAUGUUGAUUCAAGACUCGAUGUUAUUCAAGAGUCAGUAGAAAAUGAAUACAUUAAAACAACUGCUGAAGAACUCGAAGCGGUGGUGUUGUUUAUACACUGGCCAGACAUAAAAGUUUACAUCAGAGCAAACCUGAGCACAGAAAUGAAAGCCAAUGGACAAGCUGAGGCAACGAAUAAAGUUAUUAUUAAUAACUUGAAGAAGAGACUAGAAGAAUCAAAUGGCAAGUGGCCAGAAGUGUUACCAGGGAUAUUAUGGGCUUAUCGAACAAUAGCGAAAACAAGUACGGGCAAGACUCCAUUUUCACUCGUCUAUGGCACUGAAGCCUUAAUUCCAAUAGAAAUAGGUGAACCAAGUACGAGAUACACACAUGCUACUGAGGAAUCAAAUGAAGAAGAAAUGCAGACGAAUAUGGAUUUAGUAGAGGAAAGGAGGGAAGAAAUCGAAUCUGAGGUGUUUCGAUCAACAAAAGCGGCUAAUGCGGGAAAGUUAAGUCCAAAUUGGGAAGGCCCUUAUAGGGUUCGAGGCAUCACUGGAAAGGGAGCAUAUGAAUUGGAGACUAUGGAUGGCAGCAUACUACCAUCAAACUGGAACGAUGUUCAUUUGAAGAAGUAUUACUUCUAG